AGCCCCACGCUGCCCCACCCGACCCUUUCCUCCGGCCACUGGAAACCCCACCGCUCGCCAGCCCGCGGUCACACCCCCAUGCCCUUGUCCCGCAGGGGAAGGAGACCCCGCCUGGCCGCCUCCCCAGUGGCGAGCAGUAGCCUCCCGCGAGCGGCUGCGCACCCCCUGAGGCGUGUCGGCCGCGGAACCCCAUUGCUGAGCCAUGAGCUACGCCUCACCCGGCGGCGCCAUUCCUCCGAGAAGAUCCCAACCGGGCCGGAGCCUCACGCUGACUUCCGCCCAGGAAAGGGGCUGCAAGAGCGCGCCGCAGGGGACGCCACGGACGCGGGGGAGCCUCUGCGUGCCGGAAUGGAUUCUCAGUACAGGUUACCAAGUCAGGAAGGAAUAGUAGUUCCUUGUGCUUCUGACAAUGACUCAGGAAGUGUGGAUUUGCAGCUGAGCAAUUUAGAGAACAUUCAAAGAGAUGCAAGUAACCUUGAACUUACAGGUGAAGAGGGGAAGGGGCAGAACAAAAAGAGAAGGGGCAAGGGAAAGACUUGGACAUUUCUGACAUGUCUGGAUUCCUUCCGGAACUCGCCACAGAGAGCUUCACAGAGCUGAUCUAUCAGUACCCCCUCAGCGAAGUCAUCUGUGAGAGGCUGAUCCACUCCAUCCAGGCGGUUUUUAAUGCUGAG